GAGUAGGUGAAGGAGAAACUCUCCCAGCCGGAGAGCAGAUCCGCGCAGCGCCCGGAGAGCAGCAGGAAACCGCGGAGGAUCGGGGGCUGCAGCGCGGCUGGAGGGGAGGGGAAGGGGCGGCAGCGAGCCGAGCCUCGGCUGAGCUCUCUCCGCUGGAGAAGUCGCUGAUUUACCGGGGAUAUAAUACCAUGCUGCCCGCGGGAGCGAGCUCUCAGCCCGGGGAGCGGAGCCGCCAAACCGCCCUGAACUAAACUCAGAUUCUCCACACACUGAAGCUUCAUGGGUCUCAUAGACUCUGAGACAAUGGACAUUCAGACUAAUGUAUCCUGUACCUGUAAUUGCAGUCGAUCGACUUCUUUCCACAGUAUGGCGAUCACCCAGCUGGAAUUUGUGCAGAUACUGGUGAUCAUAGUGAUAAUGAUGAUGAUGGUGAUUGUGAUCACGUGCCUGUUGAACCACUACAGGCUGUCUGCUCGCUCCCUUCUUUCACAGCAUGGACAGACUCACAGACACCACCUUCCUCUGGACACGGAUGGGAGUUUGUGGUCAUCAGAGGGCCGAGGGUCAACUAGUGGAAUUAAUGAGCAGGUCUACAGUCCUGGAUUGCCAGAUCAUCGAGCCCCUCCUUACAUGCAGGAGCGCCUGGGCCGCUUCCAGCCCACCUACCCUUACCUGUCUCACAGCAUCAUCGACCUGCCCCCAAACAUUCCCCUGUCAGACGGUGAGGAGCCUCCUCCGUACCAGGGCCCCUGCACCCUGCAGCUCCGGGACCCCGAGCAGCAGCUGGAGCUGAAUAGGGAGUCGGUGCGGGCUCCUCCCAACCGCACUAUUUUUGACAGUCACCUCAUUGACACUUCACUCUGCCCUCCCAGUUUAAAAGCUGGACACAGCUCCGCCAGCCUGGAGUCUGCACCGCCCGCCUACAGCGAGGUCAUCCGGCACUACUUCCAGCCCAAACAGACUCCUCCCGAAACAGACACGGGCCACACGUCUCUACUGAUCGAGGGAGAACUGCAGCCAGCGUUACCUCAGAUCCACAGCACGGACGACGAGAACACUCACAACACAAACUACAGCAAGUCUGAUCACUAACCUCGGAGCGUCGAUACGUCUUCGUGUCGCUACGUGUCACUACGUCUACGCACACGUCAUUGCUAGCUACUAUGAUCCUGCAUUUACAUCAGUGGCCUUGAUUCCUUUCUGUUGAACUAUCAGGGUAAGUGAAGGAAGGGGGUUUGGAGGGGGUUAAAACAGAUGCACAGAAUCCCCAUUCAUUUACCCUUCGUCUUCCAGCUCUAAACUGAAUUCUCUUCUUGAGUUUUCUGCUGUGGUUUGGAAAAUGUUGUGUGUGUUUGUGUCAGAGAAAGAGACUUUAAAGAGACAGAGCUCUUAAAACGAUUUAUAUAUUCACAUAUAAACAGUUAACUGGUGUCUGUUAAAUUGUGUCUUAACUCUUCUUAUUGGUGCUUUUCCAGAGCAUGGUACAUACAAUACUCUCUCUACUCACUAUUUAAUACCUGGUACUUUGUGUAUUUUUCAUUAACACAGCAUAUCUCUCUAAAUCAUGGCAGGAUAUUCUUAAUGCACUGAAGCUUCAGAGCUACAGCGCAUUAACAAUAGAGACUGCUAAAAAAAGAUGGAUUUCAUCACUCUGCAAGAUUUAUAUACCAUGGUUUAGUCCUUAUUUGGGGCUCAGUUCCAGGUACCUGGUACCAAAUUUGCUUUAUAGAAAUGAAAAAAAAAAAAGCAGAGUUAAGUAGAUUUGAGUAUCAAGCUGCCGGCGCUCAGAGGGAGCAAAAUUGGCCCUGCUCCCUCCGGGUGGGUAGGUGGCGCUCUCUCCCCACAUCACUCCUAGGGUGAUGUCCACAGCACAGAGCGUCUGUGAGCGGAUGUAUCAGAACCGAGUUGAUGUGCUUUCCUCCAAGCGCUCUGGCUGCUCGGCAAUGCUGCAUCAGCAGCAGUUUGAAAAGAAGCGGUGGCAGGCUUCAUAUGUAUCGGAGGAAGCAUGUGCUAGUCUACACCCUCCUGGUUUGUUGGGGCAUCACUAGUGAUAGGGGUCCUAGUGAGUGGGUAAUUGGCUUUGUAAAUUGGGGAGAAAAUGGGAAUAAUUUGAAAAAAAUGUAGAUUUGAGUAUGUUGAGUACCAUCCAGAGAAAAAGCACCAAAAAAGAACAUAUAUGUUUUUAUCACGUAUAUUUUUAUGUUUUGUUACCACAAUGCUGCACUCUCAUGUCUUCUAAAAUCGAAUUUCAUGUGUUGGAAGUGAUCAGGUCUUCCUUGUAACAUGUAGGCCAUAGUGUUUGCCUCUUUGCUAUGUUUAAUCAGCAGUUUAUUUGCAUAUAUAUAAUGAUAAUAUACACAAUAUAUCUGCCCUGGUUUUCCUCCAAUUGUGGUCAGUCAAUAAUGACAUAUUCCUUAGCAUUUCAAUUUAAAAUUUAAUAGUGUUUUAGACAAAAAGCAUCAGCACUGAUGCAUUUCCAGCCAGUGUUCUGCAUCUUUUCGCUCCAAAACUGUUACCCACAAGGCAACAUUUUAUAUUCAGCUGGAAAAAUCCAUCUAGUGGAGGCCUCUAGUGGAAUCUUUCAUUAACACACACAGCGCAUAGACAAGGAUGUGAACAGUUAGGCCUGAAAAAUACUCCAUGCAAGGUCUCAAAUGUAGAUAUCACAGAAAAAUCCAGGCUGUUCUCUACCACCAUCUGUCAUGGCAUUUUUCUCUAGUCCUUAUAUUGAGUAGGUUUGAGGCCUUCUGUUCGCUCUACUGUUAUAUUUGUGAAGCAAGUAUAUCUCUAGACUAAUUCUUAAUAUUAAUUUAAAAAUAUAUAAUAAAUAAUCAAGACAAAAUGUGUCAUUAAGCCAAGGGUGCCCACAUUUUCACAUACUAGAACGGUAUACAGCAUAUGCAAAUGGAAAUGAAGCACUAUUUUAUUUACUUACUUAUUUAUAUUAAUGUCUAAAAAAUGCAUUAUUUUUUAAAAUGAUGAAAUGACAAGCCGAGGCUUGUGCGUAAUGUGAGAGGAACUGUUGAACUGUUGAAAUCGUGAGUGUGUGUGUGUGUGUGUGUGUAUUAAUAACUGAGAAAACCUUUUAAGCCCUUAAAUUUAGACUCUUUCUUUCUUAGAGAGAUUAUAAAUGAGACACAGCAGAGCCGGAUCAAACACCUGCACUUCACGGCCAAACUGAACAAAUUAAAAUAAUAAAAAAAAAAUAGUUGAGUUAAUUCCUUUUAACUUAUUGCUUGAGCCCUUCCAACAGAAAAAAUAAAAUAAAAAAAUUAUAUUUAAUAUAUUAAAACAAAUAUAUAAGGCUAAAUAAAGCAUUUUUUUUUAAAUGCAGUUUUUUAACAUUGUCCAAAAAAUGGAUAAAUAGUUAUAAUAAUAAAUAGUGUGCUUUUUCUUUGGAAGAGCUCAUUUAAUUUAACUCUUUUAGGUCAAUUUUCUUCAGUUUUGCUGUGGAGUGCAGGCUUGCUUGGCACUUUAUGGAGGGAGAGACACAGUCCAACUCAUCAGCUCUGCUGUUAGUAAGAAAAGAUAAAAACACGGCUUAAUAAAUGUUAUGCAAAUUGAAAUUUUAGAUGGACCUUUGUGAACAGGCAGAAAUCCUUUCCACAGUAAAAGGAAAUGAGAUGGGGAGAAAUGUGUCGCCAUGAAUAGGGAUGUGAAAUUGUGCCAUUGUUUUUUUUUAUAUCAUAAAUAUAGGCACUUAAACAAUAUUUAAAACAAUAUAUAAUACUUUUAUAAAUUUUUUUUUUAAUUUUAAGUGGUUAACAUUAAUUGCUUUGUUAAAUUAAAUCUUUUUUUGUUUAAAUUUAAAUUUUGUGGUAAAUUCAGCAUAUGGACAAAAGUAUUGGGACUCAAUUUUUUUAUUCAUACCUAUUGCCACAGGUGUAUAAAAUUAAGCACAUGGCCACAUUUGGAUGCCACUGAUGCAACUUGUCCGCUUUUAAAUGAACUGAUUUUUGUUUGGACAGUGUAUUGUCUCAGAUAUAAUUUUGAUUAAUUAUCCACUAAUAUAAUAUUAAUAAUAUAAUAGCAUUAUAGUGCAGUUACAUCCUUUUAAAAAGCAAUGAACUUUACACUGACAUUAAAAUUUUGUUUGGAAGAUGAUAUUGGAAUAUAAAAAAAUAAAUAAAUAUAAAAAUAGAACAUCUGUUUUUAUAUAAAGUUAACAUACCAGAUUCACAGCAAUGUGGUUUAUUUCCAAGGAAUAAUGUGCUUAAAUUGCCGUAAUCAAUUCAAUAACUGCAGAGUUCUACUCCAGCUGUUAGAACUGCAAAGACCAGUCAUAUUGAUGAGUCAUAAAGCUCAUGUAGGUGUCCCAAUACUUUUGUCCAUAUACUGUUAAUGAUUUUAUAAAACAUAACAUUACUAUGUUAUUAUAACAUCCCUAAACAUGCAGACCAUUUCUUGAUCCCCCAAUCCAUCCAAAGAGGUUCUGCCUUAUGGUUUUCAAACAGCAGCAUAACAGUAACACUCUGAGCUUCAGUAGGUCACUCAAUCAAGGUUGAGCACAAUCCUGUUCAAAAGCUGCCAAAUAGUGACUUACGCUUCACCAGGAGUGUUACAGUUCCAGGUGAGAAGAGAGGAGACUUUUCUAGAGCAAAAUCUAACAGAAGGGAAGAAUGAACCAACAUCCAUAAAAUACAUGCUUAUGUUAUUAUUUGUGUUUGUUUGUUUGUUUGCUACUCAAUUUUUAUGUGAAACAAAUGUGAGCAGAAAUUCAGCUUAAGGGUUUACUUACUUAAAGCAACACUAUGCAGCAUUUAUAACUGAAAGUAUUAGCCUGUAAUAGAGAAAAUUCCUCUGCUUUGGUACUUUCUUUUCACUUCUCUAGAAAUGUAAUUACAUGUUAUACUUAUAUAGUUAUGUGUAUAGUUGCAUUGCAACGCCUCUUCUGCAGUUUUUUAAUUCAUUUGGACACGUUAACUGUGUUAAAUUGGCUCUUUUAAAUCGAUUCUUUUCGAUCUAUUAUUAAUUAUUUUUUGAAAAGAUGCAAGACUACGUUCAUGCAGCUUGCCAUCAGCUGCCGGAGCCCUGAGUGAGCACAAUUGACCUUGCUCUCUCUGAGUGGGUACAGUAGAUGGCGCUCUUCCCCCUCAUCACUCCUAGGGUGUAAUUAGCCUUGUAAAUUGGGGAGAAAAUAGGAUAAAAAUUAGACAUAUAUUUAAAACUACAAUAUAGACUUUGCAUUGAGUUGAUGCAGAAUCAUAAAUCCGCCUGCAGUUCAUGUGCUUCUCCUUUCACUUCUAGUGACGGUUCUGCAUCUAUCAGCUUGUCCAGAAAAGCGUGUCCUGUAGUUGUGGCCUAAAGUGCAGAUUACACCUCCUAACUGUAGGGGGAGGCCUGAAGCAAGAAUUACCCAUUUUUAAAAAAAAAGCAAUAGUGUUGCUUUAAGAAUGUUAUUCCACACUUAUUGAGUAAAUGUAAGUGAUUUGAGUCAUUCUACAAAGAUACAAACAAACAAAAAGUGUCAAUAAUUAUGCGCUUUCAUUUUGAUCAAAUAUUACAAUCCAGAAAUUGUUGGUAAUUUUGCCCUUUUCUGUUAGUCUUUUGUAUAUCUCUCUAGUAAAAGCUCUCCCUGCUCUAGAUAUUUCUAUUUUAACUCUGUAAAAUGCCAAUGUGACCUGAUUCUACUGUCUACUGUGACCUGGGCAAACAGUUUGCCAAUCAGAAGGCCAGUGACAAAGAGCUAUUAUGUGGAGGAGAAAAUGGAGGAUAAUAAUGAUGAUUAUGAGGAUGAUGAUGAUGAUGAUGAUGUUGAGUAUGAUGAUAUAGUAGAGGUGUUUAGGAGAGUGUUGCAAUAUACUUACUUACUUUUUGCCUUUUAAUAUUGUCUUUUUUUAAGAAAAAAACUUAGAUUAAACAUGCGUUUUUAUUGUUAUUGUUGCUUUUUUAAAAAAAGUAUUUUAGCUUGCUUAUACUGAAAGAGAAGGUCGAUAUGCAUAAAUCACAGAUGCUUAUCCGCUGAGUUUGCUUUUCAGUUAUCUGAUUUGCUUUGUUCUGUUUUAUACCUGCAGAUCCACUGUCAGGUGGAACAGAAUUCCUUUUUUUUUAAAGAAAAUACUGGGUAGUGAAAAAAGUAUUUUGUUAAUUCUAGUUCAUUUUAGGCCUAAUUUAAGGUUUAGGUUGAGUUUAGAAUAUUUGAUGAUGUUAAAAUGUUCUGUUAAUCUUAAAUUAAGCAAAAAUUCACUUUAAUGAAAAUGAAAUCUUUCUUUUAUAUCUCAUGUAAAUUGUGAUGUGUGCCUUGGAGUAGUCUGUAUGAUUGCUUUCCAUUCUGUUUGUUGCUUUCUCAUAUGAGUGACUGCCUUUUCCAUUUAAAUACAAUACCAAAAAAUAAUUUGUAAUUAGGCCUGUCAUGAUAACCAGUAUUUUAGAUAUCAUAAAUAAUAAAUAUUGUACUUUUUAAAAAUAUUUUGCUCUUACAGUAACAUUUUUGGGCAUUACACAUUACUUUUAAAUAGUAAUUAACUUUCAAUUAAUAAGAGAAUUGAGACAUUGGAAUUGGGUUAUUAAAAAAUAAUUGAAAUUUCAUUUAAAAAUAUAAAAACACUGUUUUAAACAAAAUAUAACAUUGGCUUGCUAAUGUAAGUAAACACAAUGGACAAUAUUGUGAUCUGGACAAAAUGAAAAAAAAAAAAAGAUUUUAUAUGAUUUAUUUGGGGAGAUAUCAUAAUUAACAUGACAGGCCUAUUUGUAAUUGGUAGUAAACACAGUCAACAAGUUGUUUUAAAUGUUGUUUUAAACACCCAGCGUGAGUGCAUGCCAGUUUGAAUGAACUGAACUCGUAGCACAGUACUAAACCAAAUUAUGGGAUUACCUGGGUUUGUGUUGUCGCCUAGCCUUUUUUAAAAAUGAAGAUAUAUAAGAACAUUCCCAGAAUUCCAGGCUGUACUGAGGACUUUUUGCUGCUUUAAACCUAACAUGCAUUUCAUAACUAGGCUGCUUAAGCUCUGAGUUACUUUAUCGCUGUAGUUAUUUUGGAAAGCAGUAGCUUUAAGAAGUAGAUUAAGAUUAAUUUCUCUGGUAUUGAAUCAAUCAUCUGUCAAUCAUGUUUUCUCCUGUACAAAUACACGCUUCCAAAGACUUCAUAUCUUAAUCAUUUCAGGUUAAGGCAAAGGUCACAAACACUUGGAUAUUGUACAUGUUGAAUAUGAACAUGUUGUUUUGUCUGUUUCCGUUUUUUUAAAUCCGUCUUCGGCAGUCUGGGAAGUUUAAGAGCACAGACUAUAUUUGUGUUUUUAUUUCUUUCUUUAUGUCAGAGUUUUAACAUGGCUCAAGCUCGAAUAUUGCAGUAAAUAUAGAGAAUCAUAUGACUGCCAACAAUGACAUUCACUGAAACAUUUGUAUUAUUUUAUUUAUAUCAGAUUUUUAAGUGUUAAUAUGUGUAUUUCUUUUCUGGAAAGUGAACAAGAACUCAAUGAAUCACACCAGUGAAUCUUGUUCACACAUUGUUCUGUAUGCUGUAUAAUCUGACACAUUUCAGUUGCCUACCAGUUAAACAAAUAAAGCAAUUUAUAUAGUACAA